AUGCCUCCUCUUCCCUCCGAAAAUGACGACUCGCUCCCCCGCGUCAUCACCUAUUACCAGACCCAUCACACUCGUGAUGGCAAGCCGAUAUCCAUCCUACCCAUCCUGACCCAGCCAGGUAUUGCCGUCACCCACGUCAUUCUUGCUGCCAUACACAUCAACGACGACCCGUCGGCCAUAACACUCAACGACCACGCCCCCUCCCACCCCCGUUUUCAGACCCUCUGGGCCGAGCUGCGCGUCCUCCAGGCGAGCGGCGUCAAGGUCAUGAGCAUGCUGGGCGGCGCUGCAAGGGGCUCCUACGCCAAACUCGACCGCGACGAGGUCACCUUCGAGACGUACUGGACACCAGUACGAGAUCUCAUCCGCGCGCGCGAGCUCGACGGCAUCGAUCUCGACGUCGAGGAGUACAUGAGCAUAGAGGGCAUGAUGCGCCUCCUCGACCGCAUACGCGCUGAUUUUGGACCCAAAUUCCUCGUCUCCAUGGCGCCUGUCGCUGCUGCUAUGCUCAACCCCGAGAGGAAUCUCAGCGGCUUCGACUACGAGAUGCUCGAGCUCCUCAAGGGCGACCACAUCAACUGGUACAACUGCCAGUUCUACAAUGGGUGGGGCGACGGCAGCAACUCUUUCAUGUACGAGAUGAUGCUUGCCAAGGGCUGGCCGCAGGAGAAGAUUGUCAUGGGGCUGCUGACGAGCCACGAGAACGGCAACGGCUGGGUGCCGUGGGAGUCGCUCGGCGCCGUCCUCCUCCGGCUCCGAGGCCGCUACAAGGCCUUUGGAGGCGUGAUGGGCUGGGAGUACUUUAACGGGUUGCCGGAUAAGGAACGGCCCUGGGAAUGGUGCCGCUGGAUGACGACCAUGGUGCGGCCGGGCCGCGUCGCGAGAGCCACAGCCGGCAUCGCAGCGGUAGCAGAAGAAACGGCAACACCAACAACCACGUUGUCUUCUGCCGCUGAGACGAGCAUCGUAGCCGCAAAGGUGCAAAAGCAGUUGGUGGACGAAGCCGACCCUGACUCGCCGUCUAGCAAGGACGCACCGCUGCCUGCUUCGUUUGAAUACUUUUCGGACUACGAAAGCGAUGGCUGA